AUCRCGUUUCCUUCAGGUUAAAUAUCAAAACAUCCCUUUAAUCCCGUCGGCMGWAAUCCAUCGCGUUGAUAGGUAGAAAAUCCGAGGUGGGCGUGGACUUAACCAMGCUUGUAUUUGAUUGGUUAACGUCUGAACGGCUACUUUWUCCUGAUUGGCCAGCUGUGUGACAGCUCGGGUGAGAACAGGAAGAAACGCUCAGUGGCGCACAGCCGUGUAAAUAGUGAACAGAGGAUGCUAGGUGUGGAGCCCGACAGAAGGGCGGCUGCUGCUGGUUGACCGGAGCCGGGAUGAGACCUCCUGCCGUACCUGGAGCUCCACGUUUUCUGCCUGAGAGCCUGUAGCCAUGGAUGAUCAAGGCUCCAACAAUACCUCCUUCCUCAACUAUGAGGAUCUGGAGACCUACCUGAACCGGCACAACUCCAAGUUCAUCUGGCUGCUUGUUGCCACCAUCCUGUCCUGUGGAUGGAUCAUCUAUUUAACCUAUUACAACUCUCGCAACAUCGGCCUCUUCCUCACCCUCAUCAUCAACAGACUUUACAAGGGAGGCUACAUUCACAUCGGUUCGUUCUCCUUCUCUGUGCUGUCGGGGAAAGUCAUGUUCAGAGACGUCUACUGCAUCAACCAGGACAUGUCCAUCAGGAUCCAAGAUGGCUUCCUCAUAUUUCGCUGGUGGAAAAUGUACAACCCCAAACAGAAGCAGCAUGUGGCGUUCGGGAACCACCACCUGCCUCAGACGCUGUGUGUGAACUUCGAGGACGCCUUCCUGACCUACGCCACCAAGCCGCCGUCCAGCCACCUGGACCAGUUCAUGCACAUCGUCAAAGGGUCGCUGGAGAACGUGCGCGUCAUGCUGGUUCCCAGUCCGCGCUACCUGGGCCUGCAGAACGACGAGCCUCCCAGGCUGAUGGGCGAGGGCUUUGUGGUGAUGCAGUCCAACGACGUGGACAUCUACUACUACCAGGACGAACCCGGCCUGGUCCCCGUGGAGCAGGACGGGUCGGAGGAGGCCGAGACGAGCAGCGAGGACGAUAAGCUGCAGGACCUCCCUCCGUGUUGGGGUCUGGACAUCGUCUGUGGAAAGGGGACGGACUUUAACUACGGGCCGUGGGUGGACCGCCAGCGCUGCUGUCAGGGUGAAGUGGGUCGUGUASAUUUCCUGGCUCGAGUCGCUGCUCUGGGUCUGAAUGGACAGGAAGCUGUAAGCAGAGAGUCUGGGCCAGAGCAGCUGUGUGUGAAAGCAGGUCGAUGGGCUGCCUGCUGGGACGUUAUGCCACAGAUCAUGUUGAGGUCAAAGGUCAACCAAACCGAGUUCAUCAGGCUGACGACGAGGACUCUUCUCCUCUUCCUCCCUGCAGGCUACUCCCCCACCAUCAAAGGCCAGCUGCUGCACGUGGACACCACCAGCAGCAUGCAGUACCGGACGCUGCUGGAGGCCGAGAUGGUGGCGUGUGUCUCUGUCCACUCAGACCUGAUCAAGGACUGGGCGAGCGACAGCGCGCCGGAUAUCUACUCCUUUGUGCCGUAUUCCUGGACGUUCAAGAUCUUAUUCCACCAGUUUGAGAUGAUUUGGGCGGCGAACCAGCACAACUGGAUCGACUGCUCCACCAAGCAGCAGGAGAACGUGUACCUGGCGGCCUGCGGCGAGACGCUCAACAUCGACUUCACGCUUCCUUUCACCGAGUUCGUCCCCGCCACCUGCCACACCCGMUUCAGCCUGAGGGCCGAGGACACGGACAUGCGGCUGUCGCUGCCGGAGUGCCACCCCAGCCGCUACCCGCUGCUCACCCUGGCCAAGGACCACCAGAGCGCCAAGCUGCCCGGCGACGGCGAGGGAGCCCCGCCCUCCAAGGCCAGCAAGCCGCGCUGGAGGAACAUCACCAAAGCAGAGGCCGGCUGGGUGGACUGCUGGAGCGUCCCAAACUUCCUGCUCAUCAUCGACUACACCUGGCAUCCCAUCUACCCCCAGAAGGAGGAUGAGCAGCUGAAGCAGUCGUGUAGACCCGGUUCGCUCCUGCAGCACUGCAGCAGCGAAGGUCCAGAAGGCCCGUCCGGCUUCCUGGAGCGGCUCUGCUUCGAGAUGAAGAAGGGCUACAAGGAGACGAUGCUGCAGAUGAUCCUGUCGCCCUUCCACAUCUUCGUCAGCGACAACUACCAGCGCCCCACGGCGGACGGCGUGCUGAGAGACGGACACCUGAGUCUGUCCGGGCUGCAGAUGAGGGCGCACGCCAUGUUUUCGGCCCAGGGCCUCCCUCUGGGCAGCGACACGCUGGAGUACGCGUGGCUCAUCGACAUGCAGGCCGGGGCGCUGACCGGCAGGGUCACCGUUCCUCAGCUGGCUAGCAUGGUUGAGUGGGCAGAGACGUUCGUUUUCCACGUGGUCUCCAGGGAGUUCCAGCUGGAGCAGCCCAAACCCUCCAUCACCUGCCAGCACGGCGUGGACCGCCGCAUCUGUGCCGACAAGGUACAGAAAGAAAUCAACCCCCUCUGGAGUCGGGGCUGCAAAGGUAGAAAUGACCAACAGCUCAUCAAAUGUUUGCAAACUUUGCUGAAAACACAAACCAGCAGGAAAGCGUGGCUGCAGCCAGACUGUGGCUCGUUUCACGGUUUGUUGACCUCUGACCCCAGCCGCAGCUCCAUCUACCACAGCGUGGAGGGGCCUCUGACCUACGUCCUGAACGGGGAGCUGAUCACGGAGCCCCGCCCCCCGCCGCCGCCCCAGCCGCUGGCCGCCCACCCGUCCCAGGCCUCCUUCGUGUCGGCGCUGGCCAUGGAGGAGGAGAGUUCUGUGGAGGCGGAGAAGACGGCCGAGCCCGGCCCGGUGACCCGGCAGCCUCACGUCAUGGCCUGCUACCAGAACUACCUGGCCCACUACCAGGUGUCCAACUGGUCCGUCAAGCAGCCGACCAACAAGAGAACCUCCAAGUCGUCUCUGCACCGGCCGCUGGACCUGGACACGCCCACCAGCGAGGAAAGCUCCGCCUCCUUCGACCAGCUGGCCGUGCCCGGCUUCAAGGUGAUCAAGCCGGGCCUGUCGGCCACCUCCCUGCUGGACCGCGGGCUGCAGCUGAUGGGCGACAACAGCAGCACGCCGUACACGCCGCUGGACAAAAGAGCCAUGGAGAACACGGACGAGGACACGGCGACGGACGACUGGUCGCUGGAGCAGCCGCUGGCCCAGACCAGAACCACGGCCAUCGUGGAGGUGAAAGGCGCCGUCAACGUGGUUCUGACGCCGCUGGUGGCCGAGUCCCUGGACAGAUACAUCGAGUCCAUGGUCCACUUCGCCAGCAUCCGGCACCCGGCGGCCAUCUUGGACGACCUGCACGGCAAAGUGCUGGGCGAGGCGUAUCAGAUCAGCAAGUCCACGGUGGCGGAGUCGAGCCAGACGUCCAAGACGCCGGAGCAGAAGCUGUCCAAGCCGGACGCCGCCACGCUGACCUCCAGCGGACAGACGGAGCUGUCCGUCAAACCCGACAACGUCAAGAUCAAGGGGCUCCAGGCCAACGUCUCCAUCCCCAAGGUGAACCUUUGCCUCCUGCAGGCCUCCGUAGAGGAAGGCUCCCCGUCCGCUAAAUGCAUCCCACACGUAUCGCUGGUGGCGCUGUGCUUCGACCGGAUCGCCACCCAGUUCAGGAUGAACCGGGGGAUCGUGGAGGAGACGCCGAACGCCACCGAACAUGGCCGACCGUCCGUCAUGUUGGAGAAGUACGCGUCGGCCACCAAGAUGCAGCCGCAGUCGUCCGGGUCGCUGCGCUCCAACGCCGGCAUCGAGAAGGGCAAAGAGAUCGCCGCCAGGCUGAACGUCCACCGGAUCCACAGCCAGCUGCGCGGACUGGACUCCACAGACGUGGGGACGUUCGCCAUCACCGCCAUCCCGUUCGAGAAGUCCAAGGUUCUGUUCGGCCUGGAGGACCUGGACGAGUUCUCCCUGGUGGACGAGACGGACGGCCAGGCGGCGCCGAGCGACCCGACCCGCUCCGCCGCCUCUCUGGAGAAAUGGGGCUGGAUCAUGUUCGAAUGCGGCAUCGAGAGCCUCACUGUCAAAGGCGGCCGCCAGUCCGGCGCCGUCCUCUACAACGCCUUCGGCGUCAUGGGACACUCGGACGGCGGCGGGAAGACCGGGACCGGCAAGUCCAACGGCUCCACGGGAUCCCAGACCGGAAGCGGCUACAGCACCGACGUUUCCGACGACAACCUGCCCAACGACGUCAUCRGCCCCAACUCGGACGCCAACGACAACUCGGACUCGGACGAGCAGGACGAAGGCGUGGAGUCAGACGACCUGAAGAAAGAUCUCCCCCUGAUGCCGCCGCCGCCCGACUCCAGCAGCAUGAAGCUAACCAUCAGGGAGAUCUGGUUCAGCUUCGCUGCUCCCACCAACGUCCGCUCAGCGUCCCAGACCAUGUCCAGGCAGCUGAACCUGCUCAGCACCGCCACCCCGGCCAUCGGCGCCUGGCUCGUCCCCAUCGACCAGCUCAAGUCGUCGCUACGGAAACUGGACAUGGAGGGAACGCUGCGCGUCUGCGCCGUCAUGGGCUGCAUCAUGACGGAGGCUCUGGAGAAGAAGAGCGUCCACAUCCCGAUCCGCAGCAAGUACAACCGGGUGACGAAGCGCGCCCGCUACCUGCACGAGAACCCGUCCUGCAUGCUGUGCAACAUCCUGCACCGAUACCUGCAGCAGGCCGACUACGCCGUCAUCGAGGAGGCCACCAUGAACGACGGUGUUCCGGCCCUGGUGACGCUGAAGAAGGGUCUGGUGGCUCUGGCCCGGCAGUGGAUGAAGUUCAUCGUUGUGACUCAGGGCUUCAAGGCCAUCGGACUGAUGGGUCCCAGCCAGAUCGCCAAGCCCAGAGAGGCCCAGCAGAACCAGCCCGACCCGGUACUGGGCCUGGAUAACGGCGCCGCGCUGCACAGCGACACCAGCGCCGACGGAGCGGAGUUCGAGUACGACGCAGCCACAGUGAGUGAACACACCAUGCUGCUGGAAGGGGCCUGCAGUCGCCCGCCGCCCAAGGAGGCCAGCGCCGGCCCGGUCAGCGGCGCCGAGAUCAUGAGGAAGCUCUCCAAGUCCCACGCGCACAACGAGUCCGCCCACAGGAUAAAGGGUUCGCAUCCCUACCAGUCGCUGAGCUACACCAGCGGCGACACGGCGGCCGACUCGCCGGCCCACGUGAGCCGCGGCGGCGGCGGGCCGCCGGCCAGRGACAGCCCGCGCAAGGAGAGCCUGCUGAGCAACCUGACGGGCAGCUUCCGCAGCCUGCACAACCUGCUGGAGGGAACGCCGCAGCGCAGCGACAUGGCCGCCGCCGCCGCCAAGACCAGCUCCCUCACACGAACAGGUGAGACCUCUGCAGCGGCUAGCAGGCUACGCAGCAGCUARCGCUACAUGGAAACCCGAGCWGACUGGUCUAAUGAGCCUCCUGGUUUCCUCCUGCUCCAGGUCGUCUUCAAGCCCUUGCUGAGCUACAUCGGCAUCCAGGCGCAGGACGCCACUCCCCUCAGCUACAAGAUGUACUUCGGAGAACAUUUGUCGUUUUCGGGCAACCUGGAGUGUCUGCGAGCCGACAUCGUGGACUCGGACACGACCAAGGAGCGGAAGAACAAAAAGUCCAGGAGGCAGGGCACCGUCAACCUUCCCCCGCUGGAGUUCAAGCCCGCCCUGCUGAUCGAGACCUUCAGCGUCAACGCCGUGGUGAUGGAGAAGUCCGCCAGCGCCCCCCAGGGGGCGCCGCUCUCCUUCCACGACCUGAACCGCCGCCACUACAACACCUUCCACUGCGACUUCACCACGGCCUGCCAGGCCAUCAGCCAGCGCGUCGACAUGGCGCUGGUGCGCCUCAUCCACCAGUUCAGCACCAUGAUCGACGACAUCAAGGCCACGCAGACCGACAUCAAGCUGAGCCGCUACACCGCCGGCUCCACCUCCCCCACCCCCACCUUCAGGGCCCGCCCCUACCGCCACAUCCUGUCCUCCGACUUCAGCCGCAGCUCCCGCGGCAGCCUGAACGGCGCGGGCCGCGGCGCCACGCAGACGCUGAAGAGCAAGAGAGGCGGAGGGGCGGGGCUUCCCUCCACCGGGCCGCCGUCCAGCAUCGACACGCUGGGGCGGCGGGAACCGCGAGGACGCAGCACGCUGGGGCGCUCGGAGCGCCGCACCUCCAAGGUAGCAACGGGCGGGGGCGGGGCAGCGCUAAGGCUCAGGAACCAGCCUGGAAUAAUUAAUUACCUAGAGAACUACCUACUGGAGGACUUCCCCACGUCUCCCACCAGCACGGCGAAGCAGGAGUUUCUGACCGUCGUCAAGUGCACCAUCGCCAAGUCGCAGGCGCUGUACACCGCCCAGCGGGGCCUGAGGACCAACAACGCCGCCGUCUUCAAGGUGGGCUCCAUCAUGAUCAACAUCCCGCAGCACCCGGCCACGCUGCACAGCAUGAUGGUCCGCAGCUCCCACCAGCUCUCCAAGCAGAUCUCCGACCUCAUCCGCCAGCCUGCCAACGCCAGCCAGCCGAGCCGUGAGGACACGCCGACCCCCCAGCCGCCGGACAAGGCGUCCAGCAUCAACCAGACGCCGGUGGAGGCCAACGAGUUCCCCCAGCUGCCCGAGGGCCUGGAGAAGAAGCCCAUCGUCCUCAAGUUCAGCGCCAUGAUGGAUGGCAUCACCAUCGGCGCCGCCCUGCUGCCUUCGCUCAAAGCAGAGUACAAGAUGGGGGCGGUGAAGAGCCACGGCAUGACAGGAGCUCAGACCAGCUUCACCUUCGAGCUGCCGAACCACAAGCUGUGCUUCCAGUCCAAGGUGUCCCCGGUGGACAUGUCCACCAUGUCCCCGUCCGCCAGCCUGUCCCUGCCSCCCGUCACCAUGUCGGGGGAGUACAUCAUGGAGGACCACGAGAGCCACUCCGACCAGAGCUGGGCCCCCGACGACUUCCCGGCCAAGCAGGGCAACUACCUGCAGGGAAACUACCUGCGAUGCGUCGCUGAGAUCGGCUCGUUUGAACACAACCUGACGACGGACCUGCUGAACCACCUGGUGUUCCUGCAGAAGGUCUUCAUGAAGGAAGUCAACGAAGUCAUCCAGAAGCUCCUCUCCUCGCCGUGUUUCCAGGGCAUCCAGAUGACGGCCACCACGCCGUCGAUGCGGGCCGUGCGCUUUGAGACGGGCCUGAUCGAGCUGGAGCUGUCCAACCGGAUCCAGUGCAAGGCUCAGCCCGGAGGCAGCAGCAGCUACCUGAAGCUGUUCGGAAAGUGCCAGGUGGACCUGAACCUGGCGCUGGGRCAGAUCGUCAAGCACCAGGUUUACGAAGAGGCCGGCUCAGACUUCCACCAGGUGGCGUACUUCCGGACCCGGAUCGGUCUGAGGAACGCGCUGCAGGAAGAGAUCAGCGGCUCGUCGGACAAGGAGGCGGUUCUGAUUACCCUGAACCGGCCCAUCGUGUUCGCUCAGCCGGUGGCGUUCGACAGAGCCGUGCUGUUCUGGCUGAACUACAAGGCGGCGUACGACAACUGGAACGAGCAGCGGCUGGCGCUCAACAAGGACAUCCACAUGGCCACCAAGGAGGUGGUGGACAAGCUGCCGGGCAUCCAGCAGACGUCGGCCCAGGCCUUCAGCACCCUGUUCCUGCAGCUCACCGUCAACGACCUGGGCAUCUGCCUGCCCAUCACCAACGCGUCACAGGCCAACCACAGCAUCGACUUUGACACGGGCUCGGCUCUGGUUCUGACCAUCGAGAGCACGCUGAUCACCGCCUGCUCCUCCGAGUCUCUGGUGAGCAAAGGCCACUUCAAGAACUUCUGCAUCCGCUUCGCCGAAGGCUUCGAGACGUCCUGGGACGACUGGAAGCCCGAAGUCCGGGGCGACCUCGUCAUGAACGCAUGCAUCGUCCCUGACGGCACGUAUGAAGUCUGCUCCAGGACCACCGGCCAGCCGUCUGCAGAGAGCAGCAGCGCCGGCACCUGGACGCUCAACGUUCUGUGGAAAAUGUGCGGCAUCGACGUCCACAUGGACCCGAACAUCGGCAAGCGGCUGAACGCCCUGGGCAACACGCUGACGUCGCUGACGGGGGAGGAGGACGCCGACGACGACGCCGCCGACCAGAACUCGGUCAACAUGGCGGACCUGUCGGACGAGGACGAAGCCGACAUGUCGCCCACCGUCCACACGAGCUGCGAGGCGCCGUUCAGCCCCCGGCUGACCCUAAAGAGGCGCCUGGUCAACCACAUCCUGGGCCUCAGCCCCAGGCCCCAGAGCGUCUCUGCGGACGGCUCCGACGGCGGCUCCCCGUCCGGGRCCCGGGCCCAGAGGCCCCUGUCCUGGGCCUGCGAGAACUUUGACCCCCGGCGGCAGGCGAUGGGCGGCGCGGCGCUGGACGCCCGCGGCAGGAAGGUCACCAAGAGGGUGGUGGACAUCCGGGAGCUGAACGAGCAGGCCAAGGUCAUCGACGACCUGAAACCCGUGUGUUUCCUGCAGGCUGCCUCCCUGAAGGAUAAGUGGGGCCUCGGCUACAAACCCAGCUACAGCCGCUCCAAAAGCAUCUCGGCGGCGGCGGGCCGGCCGCCUCAGAAACGGAUCGAACGCCAGAGCUCUAAGAUCGGGGACGUGGAUGAGGUCCGUUUGGACGUGUCCGCUCCUUCGCCUCGCGUCACCUUCAACAUCCACGAGCAGAAUAAAGCUCAGCCGCUGGACUCUGAGCGUUCGCCUGUCGGCCCGGCAGACAUAUUCCAGGUAGACGGUUCAGUGUUAGGAAACCAAAUCAGAUCUGUGAGGACGUCCCAUAAGAAGCCGACGGGCUUCUCGGCCGUCAGCCAGUUGUUCAGCGAACGCUGGCCCGGCACGCCGGCCAGCCGCAGCUUCAGCAGUCCGGCGCCGGAGAAGAACAUCGACUUCGAGCUGGACGUGCGCGUGGAGAUCGACAGCGGGAAGUGCGUCCUUCACCCCACCACUCAGCAGUCGGAGCACGAGGACGUCGCCCUGCGCAGGAGCUGCGACCGCAUCCUGAGGAGUCUGGACCAGGAUUCUCCUCCAAAGAAGAAGAAGCUGCAGCCGGCCUACAGCUCCUCCACUCACCUCCUGGCCGGGAAGAAAGGCCCUGCCACCCUGCAGACCAAGUCCAACGACCUGGAGACGACGGUCUUCUACAUCCCCGGCGUAGAUGUGAAGCUGCACUACAACUCCAAGACGCUGAAGACGGAUUCUCCCAACGCCUCGCGGGGAUCCUCUCUGCCCCGCACGCUCUCCAAAGAGUCCAAGCUGUAUGGUAUGAAAGAUAGCGGCCCAAACCCCCCCAAUGCUGUCCACUGCAAGACUAACUCGCUCCUACCUCCCCCACCUGUUGCUGCAGCCAAAGGGAAGGGCGUUGGUGGGGUGAAGACAGCCAAGCUGUACGCCUGGGUGGCGCUUCAGACUCUGCCGGAAGAAAUGGUCAUCAGUCCGUGUCUGCUGGACUUCCUGGAAAAAGCUCUGGAGACCAUUCCCAUCACGCCGGUGGACCGGAGCUAUGCAGCCACGGCAACCCAGGAGGAGGACAUGGGCCAGUUCGACCCGGUGGACCCGCUGGAGGAGUCCACCACCUCGCUGGUCUCCUCCUCCACCUCGGCCUACUCCUCGUUCCCGGUGGAUGUGGUCGUCUACGUCAGAGUCCAGCCCUCUCAGAUCCGCUUCAGCUGCCUGCCCAUGUCCAGGGUGGAGUGCAUGCUGAAGCUGCCGUCGCUGGACCUGGUGUUCUCCUCCAACCGCGGAGAACUGGAGACGCCGACAGGAASCAACMCCAYGGACGGGCCGCAYGCGCCGUCCUCCACCCCGCCGGGGCAACACAACCCCAAGCUGCCCCCCAGCAGAGGUAGGGGGAAAGUUCUGCUGGGACCCGCUGGAUUCUUGACAACAAUUGCUCCCGCAGACGACGAGCCGUCGUCGGUGACGGGCCGGAAGGACUCGCUGUGCAUCAACCUGGAGUUCGUGAAGGUCAGCCUGUCGCGCAUGAGGCGCACCGGAGCGCCGACCUUCAUCGAGAGCUUCGUCUCCAAGGGAGGCAAGAUGGACACCACCCUGAUCAACAUCUCAGCCGUGUGCGACAUCGGGUCGGCUUCCUUCAAGUACGACAUGCGGCGCCUGAGCGAGAUCCUGGCGUUCCCCCGGGCCUGGUACCGACGCAGCAUCGCCAGGCGCCUCUUCCUGGGAGACCAGACCAUCAACCUGCCCCCCUCGGGUCCCGCCACCCCGGACUCGGCGGAGAGCAUCGCCCAGCACCUGUCGCCCGAGUCCAGCCGGAAGGCGUACUGGAGGACGUGGGACGGCGGCUCGGCGGCGCCGCACGCGCCGCAGUCGCCCAACGUCUUCUCAGAGCACGCCAACAUGUCGCCCGGCGGCCUGGGCCACCUCAAGUCCCCGGCGCCCGGCCGCACCCGCAGCGUGUCCGACUCGUCCGCCCCCAGGACCGAGCCCGUGGCCAAAACCUCGACGCCCGCCUUUGGGAAGAACGGGAAGUCGGCCGGCCAGCAGGGGUCGCCGUGGGAGACGCUGGUGGUGUUCGCCAUCAACCUGAAACAGCUGACCGUCCAGAUGAACAUGAGCAACGUCAUGGGCAACAACACCUGGACCACCAGCGGCCUGAAGAGCCAGGGCCGCCUGUCGGUGGGCAGCAACCGCGACCGCGAGAUCAGCAUGUCGGUGGGCCUGGGCCGCUCCAAGCUCGACUCCAAGGGCGGCGUGGUGGGCGGCAACAUCGACGUCAACACCCUGGAGAUGGUCGCCCACAUCUCGGAGCAUCCCAACCAGCAGCCCGGCCACAAGAUCCAGAUCACCAUGGGCUCCACGGAGGCGCGGGUCGACUACAUGGGCUCCAGCAUCCUGAUGGGCGUGUUCAGCAACGCCGACCUGCAGCUGCAGGACGAGUGGAAGGUCAACCUGUGUACGGUGGACAGCAGCCUGUCCGAGAAGAGUGAGAUCUUUGUGCACGGCGACCUGCAGUGGGACAUCUUCCAGGUCAUCAUCUCCCGCUCCACAACGCCCGACCUCAUCAAGAUCGGCAUGAAGCUUCAGGAGUUYUUCACGCAGCAGUUCGACACCAGCAAGCGGGCGCUGUCCACCUGGGGCCCCGGGCCCUACCUGCCCCCCAAAACGCCCGUCAUCAGCGCCGAGAAGGGAGCUGCGGAGCUCUACGUGGACGCCGCCCAUCAUCGCCACUGGCCCGACGUGCUGAAGGUCGUCGCCGGCUGCCACAUCUCGCUCUUCCAGACGCCGCUCCCCGAAGACGCCGUGCAGCUCGGCGGCUCCAUGAGUCUCCAUGGCAACCACACGACGCUGGCCUGCUUCCACGGGCCCAACUUCCGGUCCAAGUCCUGGGCGCUGUUCCACCUGGAGGAGCCCAACAUCGCCUUCUGGACCGAGGCGCAGAAGAUCUGGGAGGACGGCUCCAGAGACGACUCCACCUACAUCGUGCAGACGCUGGACUUCCAUCUUGGCCACAACACCAUGGUAACGAAGCCGUGCGGCGCCCUGGAGAGUCCCAUGGCGACCAUCACCAAGAUCACCCGCGGCCGCCACGAGAACCCGCCGCACGGCGUCGCCACAGUGAAGGAGUGGUUCAACUACGUCACCGCCAUGCGUAACAAAGGUACCGCCCACAGAACCCAGCGGGCUCAAGGUGAGGCGCCUGGGCCGCUUGUGGCCCCUGGGCUGCUUUAUCUACGGCCCGACGACUCGAGAAGAAGCCCCACGGCGCCGCAGGACGACGGCGGCGGCGCGCAGAGCGAACGCGACGACGCCGUCAGCUACACCACCGUGGACUGGAGGGAGUUCAUGUGCAACACCUGGCACCUGGAGCCCACGCUCAGGCUGAUCUCCUGGACCGGCAGGAAGAUCGACCCGGUCGGGGUGGAUUACAUCCUGCAGAAGCUGGGCUUCCACCACGCCCGCACCACCAUCCCCAAGUGGCUGCAGCGCGGCGUCAUGGACCCGCUGGACAAGGUUCUGUCGGUUCUGAUCAAGAAGCUGGGCGCCGCCCUGCAGGACGAGAAGGACAGGAAGGGGCGGGACAAAGAGGAGCACUGAGGGAGGGACUGGGACCCACCGGAACCAAACCAGAGCAGAACUGGGAGACCCAGCAGAGAUACUACAGGGACCCAAUUGGGACCAAAGUGGACCUGAGAUUGAACUGGGACCCAUCCGGACUGAUUCCUCUUCAUCCAGAACCACGCUGCUGCUGCUGGACGGCCUAGUUCAUGUAAACGCAGCCUGGCCUUUUCUUUGUUUCCCAUGGAGACGAUCAGGCAUGCUUCCUGUAGGAUAGUGACAUCAGCAGCUGCUCCGCAGACCUCAAUGGCUGUUUUAACUUUAUUUAGGAGCAGCGCCACCUGGUGGAGCGGCGCCACCUGGUGGAGCGGCGCCACCUGGUGGAGCGGCGCCACCUGGUGGAGCGGCGCCACCUGUUUUACUCGCACAUAGAUCCGUUUCUUAAGUGUGUUGAUUUCUUAACUAAUAAAACCGUUCAAGGUCAAACCAG